GGUGCCAAAUUUUUUUUUUUUUUCUCAAAGAGAACAGUUUUGCUUAGAGCGUCUCAACAAAUCCCUAACCCGAACAAUGCCGGAAUCACCCAGCGGCGGCGACGGCGGAACUCCGGCGCAGACGGCGGACACAGAGAAUCCCCAAACCACCGCCGAAGAAGCGACUGCGGGCCCUCCGGUGCUGUCGAAGAACGCGCGGAAGAAGCUGGCGAAGCAGCAGUGGUACGAGGCGAAGAAGGCGGAGAAGAAAGCGGCGUUGAAGGAGCAGCGGCGAAGAGACGUCGAGAGGAAGCGCAAGGAGUGGGAAGAGAGCCUCGCCAGCGUCCGCGAAGAUGAGCGAGAGAAGCUGCUAGAGUCUCGCAGGAACCUCCGGAAGGAGCGAAUGGAGAAGCGGUCGCAGGAGAAAGAGUGCAAGCGCGAGAGACUGUCCUUAGCGAGGGAACAUGGCCAAAACGUCGUCGUCGAUCUCCAAUUCUCUCACCUCAUGAACCCUAACGAAAUCCACAGCCUCGUUCAGCAGAUUAUGUAUUGUUACGCUGUGAAUGGAAGGUGCGUUUCCCCUGCGCACCUUUGGCUCACUGGCUGCGAGGGGGAAAUGGAGAGCGCGUUGAAGCGGAUUCCGGGGUUUGAGAAGUGGAUAAUUGAGAAGGACAAUAGGUCUUACAUUGAGGCCUUGAGUGAUCGGAAGGAGGAUUUGGUUUAUCUCACUGCGGAUUCGGAGACUGUGCUUGAGGAGCUUGAUUUGAAGAAGGUUUAUGUUAUUGGUGGGUUGGUCGAUAGGAACCGGUGGAAGGGGAUAACGUUGAAGAAAGCACAAGAGCAAGGAAUCCAAACGGCUAAACUUCCCAUUGGAAACUUCAUGAAGAUGUCUAGCUCUCAGGUACUUACUGUGAAUCAAGUGGUGGAAAUAUUACUCAAGUUUUUAGAGACAAGGGAUUGGAAAAAGUCUUUCUUUGCUGUUAUCCCUCAACGGAAAAGAUGCCAAUCCGAUUCAGAAGGAAAUGCAGAAGAGACAGUAGAGGAAGUACAUGAACAAGAUGAUGAUGUAACUGCAAGUAAAAAGAAAUGUGUUGAGGAGGUCCCUGCUAACAGUUAGAAUUGUCUCUUACAAGUUACAAACAUGUUGAUCUUCAGCUGGCCAUUGCUUAGGAGUUAGGAAAACCAACACAUGAAGACACAAGUUUCAAAUUGGAGCUUCACAUGCAGUCUUAAUACUGACACAUGGAUUUAGCGUAAUUUUAUAUGCUUUGUACUAAUCUGUAACGGGAUUUUCCAUCAGGUGUUGCUCCGAAGUACUUGUAUGGGAAUACAAGUGCCUCCCCGAUGAUCGUGGGAUGGAAUGGCUCUUUUUGAACGUAUCUCCUCUGGUUUUGGAUUCAUGAGCAAUUAUUCUUAAUUUCUAAAUUAUAUUUUUUACUUUCACCUUUUUUUUACCA